AUGGCCGCCAGCUCUUCCCUCGACCACCUGAGCAACCGCAUGAAGUUGGAGUGGCACUCCAAGCUCAACACUGAGAUGGUGCCCUCCAAGAACUUCCGCCGCACCUCCAUCAUCGGCACCAUCGGCCCCAAGACCAACUCCGUGGAGAAGAUCAACUCUCUCCGCACUGCCGGUCUUAACGUUGUUCGCAUGAACUUCUCCCACGGUUCCUAUGAGUACCACCAAUCUGUUAUCGACAACGCCCGUGAGGCCGCCAAGACCCAGGUCGGACGUCCUCUCGCCAUUGCUCUCGAUACCAAAGGUCCCGAGAUCCGUACCGGAAACACCCCCGAUGAUAAGGAUAUCCCUAUCAAGCAGGGCCAUGAGCUCAACAUCACCACCGAUGAUCAAUAUGCCACCGCCUCCGACGACAAGAACAUGUACCUCGACUACAAGAACAUCACCAAGGUGAUCUCUCCUGGCAAGCUCAUCUAUGUUGAUGACGGUAUCCUUUCCUUCGAGGUCAUCGAAGUCGUAGACGACAAGACUAUCCGCGUCCGCUGCUUGAACAACGGCAACAUCUCUUCCCGCAAGGGUGUUAACUUGCCCGGCACUGACGUUGACCUCCCCGCCCUUUCCGAGAAGGACAUUGCCGAUCUCAAGUUCGGUGUUAAGAACAAGGUCGACAUGGUCUUCGCUUCUUUCAUCCGCCGCGGUAGCGACAUCCGCCACAUCCGUGAGGUUCUGGGUGAGGAGGGCAAGGAGAUCCAGAUCAUUGCCAAGAUUGAGAACCAGCAGGGUGUCAACAACUUCGACGAGAUCCUCGAGGAGACUGACGGUGUCAUGGUUGCCCGUGGUGACCUUGGUAUCGAGAUCCCCGCCCCCAAGGUCUUCAUCGCCCAGAAGAUGAUGAUCGCCAAGUGUAACAUCAAGGGUAAGCCCGUCAUCUGUGCCACUCAGAUGCUCGAGUCCAUGACAUACAACCCUCGUCCCACUCGUGCCGAGGUGUCCGAUGUUGCCAACGCCGUCCUUGACGGUGCCGACUGUGUCAUGCUGUCGGGUGAGACCGCCAAGGGUAACUACCCCAACGAGGCCGUCAAGAUGAUGUCCGAGACCUGCCUGCUCGCCGAGGUCGCCAUCCCUCACUUCAACGUGUUCGAUGAGCUCCGCAACCUUGCUCCCCGCCCCACCGACACUGUCGAGUCCAUCGCCAUGGCUGCCGUUAGCGCCAGUCUGGAACUCAACGCUGGUGCCAUUGUCGUCUUGACUACCAGCGGUAAAACUGCUCGCUACCUUUCCAAGUACCGCCCCGUGUGCCCCAUUGUCAUGGUCACCCGUAACCCCGCUGCCUCCCGGUACUCUCACCUGUACCGUGGUGUCUGGCCCUUCCUCUUCCCCGAGAAGAAGCCCGACUUCAACGUCAAGGUCUGGCAGGAGGAUGUUGACCGCCGUCUCAAGUGGGGUAUCAACCACGCCCUCAAGCUCGGCAUCAUCAACAAGGGUGACAACAUUGUCUGUGUCCAGGGAUGGCGCGGCGGUAUGGGCCACACCAACACCGUCCGUGUGGUCCCUGCUGAGGAGAACCUUGGCCUGGCUGAGUAA